GCUGGGAUGGUGUGAACGUCCUCUCUCUCACAUCUUCUAUCUCGUGUAUCAUGUCUCACAGAAAGUACGAGGCUCCCCGUCACGGUCACUUGGGUUUCUCUCCCCGUAAGAGAACCAGAUCUCACCGCGGUCGCUGCAAGGCCUUCCCCAAGGAUGAUCCCAAGAAGGCUGUCCACUUGACCGCUUUCAUGGGUUACAAGGCCGGUAUGACCCAUAUUGUCCGUGAUCUUGAACGUCCUGGUUCCAAGAUGCACAAGAAGGAGAUCGUCGAAGCUGUUACCGUCAUCGAAGUUCCCCCCAUGGUCGUCAUUGGUGUUGUUGGUUACGUCGAAACCCCCCGUGGUCUCCGUACCUUGACCACCGUCUGGGCCGAACAUUUGUCCGAGGAAGCUAAGCGUCGCUUCUACAAGAACUGGUACCGUUCCAAGAAGAAGGCUUUCACCAAGUACGCUCAGAAGUAUGCUGAGGGUGCCAAGGACGUCACCCGUGAACUCGAACGUAUCAAGAAGUACUGUUCCGUCGUUCGCGUCAUUGCUCACACUCAAAUUGGCAAGGCCAGACUUGGUCAGCGCAAGGCUCACCUUAUGGAAGUCCAGCUUAACGGUGGUAACAUUGCUCAAAAGGUCGACUGGGCCCGCGAACACUUUGAAAAGGAAGUCACUGUUGGCUCCGUCUUUGAACAGGAUGAAAUGAUCGACAUCAUUGGUACUACCAAGGGUCACGGUUUCGAAGGUGUCACCCACCGUUGGGGUACCAAGAAGCUUCCCCGCAAGACCCAUCGUGGUCUCCGCAAAGUCGCCUGUAUUGGUGCUUGGCAUCCUUCCCGAGUCAUGUACUCGGUUCCCCGUGCUGGUCAGCGUGGUUACCAUCGCCGUACUGAAAUCAACAAGAAGAUUUACCGCAUUGCUAACGGUGCUGACAAGAAGUCUGGUGCUACCGAAUACGAUAUCACCGACAAGAACAUCACUCCCAUGGGUGGUUUCCCCCACUACGGUAUUGUGAACGAAGACUUUGUCAUGAUCAAGGGCUGCUGUGCUGGUGCCAAGAAGAGAGUCUUGACUCUUCGCAAGUCUUUGAUGGUCCACACCAAGCGUUCCGCUUUGGAAAAGGUCAGCCUCAAGUUCAUCGAUACUUCUUCCAAGUUCGGUCACGGUCGCUUCCAGACUGCUGCCGAAAAGCACCAGUUCAUGGGUACCCUCAAGAAGGAUCUUUAAAUG